AUGGAUGACACACACACACACACACACACACACACACACUCGUCCUUCAGCAGCAUCAUGGACGUCUGGAGCAGCUUUUUGCUGCUGUUAACUGUUUUAACGGCCGCGGGCUCCGGGGACGACGGCUGGUCGAUGAAGGUGCAGGCGGAGGUGCGAGCCAUCGAAGGUUACCCGGUGGUGCUGCCCUGCACCUUCAGCCACCCGCAGCACUCCCAGCAUUCCUCGCUGCAGCUGCUGUGGCGCCUCGGCCACGGCCAGGCCGCCACCGUCCUGUUCCGCUGCACCAGCCGGCCCGGCGCCGCCACCUGCGAGACGGCGCCGCUGCAGGACCGGCGCUACCGGCUGGAGGGCAACCCGAGGGAGCACGACCUGUCGCUGAGGAUCAACAGCGCCACCCUGCAGGACAGUGGGCGCUACUACUGCCGCGUGGAGGUCCAGGGGCGCGAACACGUCAGCUUCGAGGACAAGAUGGGCACCAGGCUGAGGGUCGAGGCUCCCCCUAAGAUCCUGUCUCUGUCGGUGGAGGGCAGCGAGCUCUCGGGGUACAGCGCUCUGUGUCGGGUUCAGGGUUCUCCGCUGCCGGACGUCCAGUGGCUCGGCCCCGACGAGCUGCUGGAGGGUUCCCCGCUCGGCCCGGUCGGCCCGCUGGCCCAGGACUCGGCGGCCCACUACCACACCGUCAGCCAGCUGCGGGACGUGUCUCCGGGCCAGCAGUACACCUGCAGCGCCUCCAACCCGCUGGGCAAGGAGCAGGCCACGCUCUACGUGCUGCCGCCCCGGCCACCGCCGUACGCCCAGCGCGCCUCGCCGCCGCUGCUGCUGCUGCUGGCGCUGGCGCUGGGCGCCAAGGUGCUGCUGCUGGGGGCGCUGGGGGUCUGGACGCUGCAGGGGGCCGGCCUGACGGGGGCCCGCUGCUGGGGGAAGUAA